AUGGCGGAUAACAGUCCCGGAAGAUUGUCUUCCGCAAGCCUCGUUGAUCCUGCGAUUGAGGCCUCAUCGCUUUUGCAGCCAAGUAACGCGCGUCAGUCUCGACAUUCAGGCCGCUCGUCGUCUGUGGAGACAAAGACGUCCGUGGUCGUUGUAUCUCGCAGAGAUAAAACUGCAUCCUGGGGUUUUUUGACCUAUAACAAGGUUUUCCCUUUACUUGUUGGCGAGGUGACGUCCGAUGUGGCCGCUUUACUGAGGAAGGGAGACGAGAUUGUUGAAAUCAACAAGGUGGCACCAAAAAAUUAUGAUCAUGCCAUUUAUUUGUUUCAACGGGCCCGCUUGCAUUUGGAGCUGCGUAUACGCCGAACGGUUAGUCAAGAAAAACAAAGGCAUCUUGCGCGCAAUUACAGUAUGGGAACAUCAGAUGUCGUGCCACAUGCAGACGCUGCGGGCGAAGCGAUGAAAAAUUCCACGUCACCCCCUCCCACAGUAAAUAAAAGCGCCACGGAUGCCACGCUACCACCUUCUCAUGAAACACCACAUGUGGGCUUAGAGGUGGGGGCGUCGCGGUACCCUGCAAAGAUGUCAUUAGAAAAAAUCCUGCGAGGGGGGAGAAAGAGGAGAUUUGGUUGGGGUAAUGCAGAGGUGGUGGAUGGAACGCUCUCUCGUUCGCCGGAACAUCCCUCUGUGGCUUUUAAUGAAGACAUCGAGAAGGUUUGGCGUCGUGUGUUCUCUAGAAAACGGGCCCGAGGCUGCAAUAUUCCAGCGAAGGGUCACUGCAGUGAAGUGAGUGAAGUUCUGCCGAGACCUGCACGACAGGCGAUCUAUGAUCGUCGUAGUUGUCCCUUUUCCGCAGAGGAGGGGUUCACGUCGGAGUUUCACGACGCGGUGCAACAUGUAUUGACCGCGAACGCGUUGACGCAUGGGCGAGAAGGUCAUUCUCAUGGCCUCGCCAAAGGAACCGUGACGACCAGCCCCGGCAGCCAACAUCGCGAUGUAGAGACGAUGGUGGAAAGUAUCAGGAGCAAGGAGCAGCUUCGCGAUGAGGAGGUUGCCAAGUAUAAUGCGGCAAAGGGAGUGGCUCAGUGCCACAAGGAGCUGGAGGCAGUACACAAUGCCAUGCUGCGCGUGGCAGAGUCUCAUUGUCUCAUGCGGGAAGAAAGGCGAUGCAAUGAGGUGGAGAAGUACCGCCAGACAGAGUCGGCUGCAAGGAUUUUUUUGGCCAACUACAUGGAGGCGGUCUCAUCGAGCAAACCGGUAGCGGGGACGAAGCGGCGGAGCCGUCGGGGGUAUUCCCGCGACGGCAUACACGACGCACAAAAGUAUGAGCUUCGCUCCCCACCUUCUUCUGCGGCCGAAACUGCUUGUGAUGGUAGCGCCACUUCGCCGCCUUCUUAUCAGCUAGUAUCUAGCAAUGUUUUUUCUACAACUGAAAGAGUACGCCACGCUGGAGGUUUUUCGAGUCGUCUCUUGCGCUUGCCAACACCACCGCCUCCACCACCACCACCACCACCACCUCCUCCUCCUCCACCUCCUCCGCCACCCCCUUCUUCUUCUGGAGGAUGA